CAUUGGUUAGGGGGCUUGGAAAAAAGAGACUCGGCGAGCCCUCGCUGUGGUGUGCUGCCGCCGCCGCCGCCGCCGCUGCUGGAGUUGACUCUUCUGCUCGCACUGCUGCUGCAGCACAAACGUGACUUCCAACAUUUUUUAUUUAUCUUUCCCUUUUCUUUUCCAAGAUGUAACUACAGAUCAGACACUAAGGACCUUCACGUUUCGCUGAUGUAGUUUUUGGAGGAAAAAGGGGGGGAGUGAAGGGCGUCGGUUUUUUUUGUGUGUGUGUGUGUGUGUUUCGGGGGAAAUUUUCCAUUAUGAGUGUUUUACUAAAGUGAAUUUUUUUUUUGUUUGCUUCGUUCGUCUUUGGCUCUUUUUUUUUUUUCCUUCCCAAUUUCGGAUUUAUUUCAAGGCGAAUCGGGCUUUGGGGGAAGAGGAAGAAAAGUCGGAUUACAAGAUCAACCACCACCAACAACAAUAAAAACCACCAGGAUAUUUUUUUGCAAAUUUCUGACGGCUUUAAAUUCAUGAAGCAAUUGUCCCCUUUUGCAAUCAGCAUUUGGAUCUCAGAAUGAGCAAGGAAAGACCCAAGAGGAAUAUCAUUCAGAAGAAAUACGAUGACAGUGAUGGGAUUCCAUGGUCAGAAGAAAGGGUGGUGCGGAAAGUCCUCUAUCUGUCCCUCAAGGAGUUCAAGAACGCCCAGAAGAGGCAGCACGGGGAAGGCCUUGCUGGGAGCCUGAAGACCGUGAAUGGGCUCCUUGGUCAUGGCCAGUCUAAGGGAUUAGGACCAGCGUCAGAACAGUCAGAGAAUGAGAAGGACGAUGCAUCCCAGGUGUCCUCAACUAGCAACGAUGUUAGUUCUUCAGAUUUUGAAGAAGGGCCGUCGAGGAAAAGGCCCCGGCUGCAAGCACAGAGGAAGUUUGCGCAGUCGCAGCCCAACAGCCCCAGCACAACCCCGGUGAAGGUCGCGGAGCCGCUGCUGCCCCCACCAGCCACUCAGAUCUCUGACCUCUCUAAGCGGAAGCCCAAGACAGAAGAUUUUCUCACCUUUCUCUGCCUUCGAGGCUCUCCUGCGCUGCCCAACAGCAUGGUCUAUUUCGGAAGCUCUCAGGACGAGGAGGACGUGGAGGAGGAAGACGAUGAGACGGAAGACGUCAAAACAGCCACCAACAACGCUUCAUCUUCCUGCCAGUCAACCCCCAGGAAAGGAAAGACCCACAAGCACGUUCACAACGGACAUGUGUUCAAUGGUUCCAGCAGGUCGUCACGGGAGAAAGAACCUGUUCAAAAACACAAAAGCAAAGAAGCCACUCCCGGGAAGGAGAAGCACAGCGAUCACCGGACUGACAGCCGGAGGGAGCAGGCGGCAGCGGCGCCCCCCCCAGCGGCCCCCUCCUCGGGGACCUCGGCCAAGGGGCUCGCCGCCAACCACCCCCACCCCCCUCUGCAUCGGUCGGCUCAGGACUUACGGAAGCAGGCUUCGAAGGUAAACGGAGUCACUCGAAUGUCGUCAUCUCUGGGUACAAGUGCAACCGGUGCCAAAAAGAUGCGCGAAGUCAGACCUUCACCGUCCAAAACUGUGAAGUACACUGCAACGGUGACUAAGGGGACCGUCACAUACACCAAAGCCAAGAGAGAACUGGUCAAGGAAACCAAACCCAAUCCCCACAAGCCCAGUUCCGCCGUCAACCACACAAUCUCAGGGAAAACUGAAAGUAGCAAUGCAAAAACCCGCAAACAGGUGCUAUCCCUCGGGGGGGCGUCCAAGUCCACCGGGCACGCCGUCAAUGGCCUCAAGGUCAGUGGCAGGUUGAACCCAAAGUCAUGCACUAAGGAGGUGGGGGGGCGGCAGCUGAGGGAGGGGCUGCGGAACUCCAAGAGGAGGCUGGAGGAGGCCCAGCAGCCCGAGAAGCCGCAGUCGCCCCCCAAGAAGAUGAAAGGGGCGGCCGGCGGCUCCGAAGCGCCCGGCCGGAAGGCCCCCGCCGAGGGGACUCCCUUCCCUGUCUGGCACUGGGCCACCAGCCCCACGUCUGCCCAUUUUGAGCUGGAGACCAGGAGCGAGGAGUGGUAUCUGGGCCACUUGGGCUAUCCUGGCCACGGGCACGGCCAGCUUCCUCCCUGGUGUUCCAGACCUCGACCCUUUUCACUGACUGUCCUGUGCUUUGUCCCUGUCCCAGGAGGCUGUGAGCUCGACCUGGCCUGCUUUUUCCGGCUGAUUAACGAGAUGGGCGGCAUGCAGCAAGUGACUGACCUCAAAAAAUGGAACAAACUAGCAGACAUGCUGCGCAUCCCCAAAACUGCCCAGGACCGGCUGGCCAAGCUCCAGGAAGCCUACUGCCAGUACCUGCUGUCCUACGACUCCCUGUCGCCGGAGGAGCACCGGCGGCUGGAGAAGGAGGUGCUGAUGGAGAAGGAGAUCCUGGAGAAGCGGAAGGGGCCCCUGGAGGGCCACACGGAGCACGACUACAACAAGUUCCACCCCCUGCCCCGCUUCGAGCCCAAGAACGGGCUCAUCAACGGCGUGGCCCACCGCAACGGCUUCCGCAGCAAGCUCAAAGAGGUGGGCCAGGCCCAGCUCAAGACGGGCCGGCGGCGACUCUUUGCUCAGGAAAAGGAGGCAGCUCGAGAGGAGGAGGAGGAGAAGGGCGUCCUCAGUGACUUCCACAAGUGCAUAUACAAGGGAAGGUCUGUUUCUUUAACAACUUUUUAUCGAACAGCAAGAAACAUCAUGAACAUGUGUUUCAGCAAGGAGCCCGCCCCGGCUGAAAUUGAGCAAGAGUACUGGAGGCUGGUGGAGGAGAAGGACUGCCACGUGGCCGUGCACUGUGGCAAGGUGGACACCAACACCCACGGCAGCGGAUUCCCGGUGGGAAAAUCAGAACCGUUUUCAAGGCAUGGAUGGAACCUCACCGUCCUCCCCAAUAACACAGGGUCCAUCCUGCGUCACCUCGGUGCUGUGCCUGGAGUGACAAUUCCCUGGCUAAACAUUGGCAUGGUCUUUUCUACCUCAUGCUGGUCUCGAGACCAAAACCACCUUCCCUAUAUCGACUACUUACACACUGGUGCUGACUGCAUUUGGUAUUGCAUUCCUGCUGAGGAGGAGAACAAGCUGGAGGACGUGGUCCACACUCUGCUGCAGGCCAACGGUACCCCAGGGCUGCAGAUGCUGGAGAGCAACGUCAUGAUCUCCCCGGAGGUGCUGUGCAGGGAGGGGAUCAAGGUGCACAGGACCGUCCAGCAGAGCGGCCAGUUUGUCGUCUGCUUCCCGGGGUCCUUUGUGUCCAAAGUGUGCUGCGGCUACAGCGUCUCUGAGACCGUGCACUUUGCCACCACCCAGUGGACGAGUAUGGGCUUCGAGACGGCCAAGGAAAUGAAGCGGCGCCACAUAGCCAAGCCGUUCUCCAUGGAGAAGUUACUCUACCAGAUUGCACAGGCGGAGGCGAAGAAGGAGAAUGGCCCCACUCUCAGCACCAUCUCCGCCCUUCUGGAUGAGCUCAGGGACACGGAGCUGCGGCAGCGGCGGCAGCUGUUCGAGGCCGGCCUCCACUCGUCCGCCCGCUACGGCAGCCACGACGGCAACGGCGCCAUGGCGGAUGGCAAGAAAAAGCCUCGAAAGUGGCUGCAGUUGGAGACAUCGGAGAGGAGGUGUCAGGUCUGCCAGCACCUGUGCUACCUGUCCAUGGUCGUGCAGGAGAACGAGAACGUGGUGUUCUGCCUGGAGUGCGCGCUGCGCCACGUGGAGAAGCAGAAGUCCUGCCGCGGCCUGAAGCUCAUGUACCGCUACGAUGAGGAGCAGAUCAUCAGCCUGGUCAAUCAGAUCUGCGGCAAAGUGUCCGGGAAGAACGGCAGCAUCGAGAGCUGUCUCGGGAAGCCGGCCCCCAAGAGAGGGCCCCGAAAGAGAGCCACGGUGGACGUGCCGCCGCCCCGGCUCCCCGCCUGCCCGCGGGGUGCGUCCAGCUCGUCGUGAGAGGCCAGCGCCCGCUGUCGAUCAAUAUAUAUUUUUUUGUAAUUAUUAUAUUCUAGUUUGGAGUACUUGCUGUAGGAUACAAGCUGUCUUUGCACUAGCUCUAAAGAAGAUUUUCUUCUGGUUUUAGAGAACUAAUUUUGUUUUAGCAUUAAACUGUUGAACUUUUUUUUGUACUUAGAAUACCUAGAUACUGCAGUCAGAUUUGGGGAACUGCCGUAUACUCACUGUUUUAAAAACCCUGGAGGGCUGUAUUAAUUUGUAUUGCCCCGGUGGCUGAAAAAAGCCUUUUUGGUUGUUUUGUUUUGUUGUUUCUUUUGAAGUUGUUUUUUUUUUUUGUUUUUUUUUUUUUGGUAACUUGGGGGGAAAAAAGGCUUUUUUAACCCAUUUUCGAAGAGGGCGAAGUUUGGAGAACAAAUUUUAAAAACUCAUCAGUCAUGUGAACAGAUUUUUCUAGAGAGGAAAAGGGAUAGGAGACACACACCCACACACACAAAACUUGAAAGGAAAUGGCUUUACUUUGGCUGUCUUUUCUUCUGUCAUGUGCAAAAUGAGUUUGUAAUUUUUAAAACCGGAGAACCCCCAGCUCGUGUCUUUGGGCGGUUUUGGCAGCUGAAGGCGGACGUUGGUUCCUAACCCGAGGCAAAACGCGGAAGCGGACGACCAGGUUCUCCUUACCAGCAAAUCUCUAUGCAUCUGUUUGAGGGGGAGAGAGGAGAGCGAGGAGAAAGCAGACUUGCCUGCCUUGGAGGGGUCACGUGAGGGAAACCUGUGCCUGAUUUCAUUAGGAAAUCCAUUCUGUUAUUUUUUGGUGCUGUUGGCUACUUUAUCAAAAAACCCUUCAAUAGCAUCCUUAAGAAAAAAAAAAACCACAAAAAAACACAAAAAAACGAAAAAAAAAAGUGAUCGAAGCCGAAAAGUGCUUCUUUGUCCUAGACGUGCAAUCUCUCUAACAUUCCGUCUUCAUGUCACUGCUUGGUUUACACCUUCACAAGUCAGCAUUAAUCUUUCUUUCUGAACUCGUUUCGUUGACGGUCACACUUAGAGCCACUAGGAGGUCUGCAGUUCUUUCUGAAUGUGAAAAUGCAUUUGCGCUCAUCUUGUCUAUUUUUUCUCUUCAUGUUGUAACAAAAAAGAAAAAAAAAGAAAAAAAAAGAGUCCCCUCCCUUUUGUACAUACGCCUGUAAAUUGUUUUAAAUACUUGAGCCUUUUUCUCGGUGGGGGGUGGGGGGUGCGAAGACAAGAUGAAGAAAAGCCUUACGUUUCCGUUUCUUCAUCGGGUGGAUUGGAUGCUUACAGGGUUUUUCUUGUAACAUUUAUAAGUGCUGCUUACAUCACUGAACAACAACAACAAAACAAUAAUGGAGUAGCUGUUGCCCUUCUCCGGUCGUGUGUACAGUACGUGUGGAAUAAAAAAGGGAACUGUUUUCACGAGCUGUCCUGUUUCGUAAUUGGACCCACCGAGCCCGCAGCCCCUCACGCUGCACGGAGCUGGCCGGAGGGACUGGCGGGGGCGUCCUGUGGUACACGUGUUGGUUGUUGUUGCAGAAGACUGAACUGUUUUUGGAAUAUUUAACAGUGACAUAAACAGAGUCGCGUGUUUUCCAAUGUGCUUGUCCGGUUUUUAUGGCCUUGCUGUGUACUUUCCCUCUUUUUGACAGUAAACUCCUGCCUCGGGCUUACAGUUUGACAUUUAAUUUAUUAGCGCUGCUCUGCUGCUCCCGCGGGAGGGGCGACUUCAUGUUGUUUAUUGCCAGUUUUUUGUUUACUUUUCAGGUUUGUACUACAAGGUUUAAUAAUAAAAACAAAGUUUUUUUGA